UUUCUUCGUCUCCCUCACUCCUAAAACCCUCUGCCACUGAUCCAUUUUCGAUUUUAUUCCCGGAGCAAAAUCAGUUCUCCGACUAUGAAAUUGGCAUCUCUACCGUCAAAAUCCCUCCUCUUCCACCUCUCUUCUUCCUCCACCGCUCAAUCUUCCCGUCGAGCGAUCGCCGUUCUCGUCACUAACUUUCAAUCCUCUACAUAUUCCACCACCACUGGCUCCGCCUCCGGAUCCGGAUCCAGCCAUUCUUCUUCGAGGCGUCCUCAGCACGACGAAGAGUCUCGGUCCGUUAGGGUUUCGGUGUGGUGGGACUUGGAUAAAUGCAAUUUGCCGGCGGGUGCCAAAGUCUUCAAGGUAGCGCAAUACAUCACCGCAGCUAUCAGAAACAGCGGAAUCAAAGGUCCGAUCACAAUCACAGCCUUCGGAGACGUUUUUAAGCUCCCCAGAUCAAACCAAGACGCUCUCUCCGCUACCGGAAUCAGUCUCUCUCAUGUUCCUCAAGGUGGGAAGAACAGUGCAGAUAGGUCUCUGACUACGGAUCUAAUGUGCUGGGUUGCUCAGAACCCACCUCCAGCUCAUCUCUUUCUAAUCUCCAGCGACGAGGGAUUCGCAAGUGUGUUGCACAGAUUGAGGAUGAGCAAUUACAACGUUUUGCUGGCGAGCAAAUCAUCUGCUCCUGGCGUUCUGUGUAGUGCUGCUUCGAUCAUGUGGGAUUGGGAUGCUUUGAUCAAAGGAGAGAAUGUCACUGCUAAGCACUUUAACCAGCCUCCAGAUGGUCCUUAUAACUCUUGGUAUGGUCACUAUAGGGUUCCUCUUCUUGACCCAUUUGCAACCCCCACCACCACUGAGCAAUCCUCUACUGUGAAAACCGAAGAAGUUUCCGAGUCUAAGCCCGAGUCGGAAUCGGUUAAUUCGAGUUCUGCUAAAGUUCGUUCUGUCCCAAAAGAAGUUGUUAACAAGAUUCGUCUGAUCUUGAGCUUUAAUCCCAAGGGGGCACCCAUUUCCGAACUACACGCCGGGCUGAUUAAGAGCAACUUGGCCAUGGAUAAGGAUUUCUAUGGACAUAAGACGUUUGCUCGGUUACUACAAUCCAUGCCAGAUAUCUUUCAAGUUACUACAGAUAGUGAUGGCUUGUUUGUUGUUCGUGCUGUCGCCGAAAAAACAACUCCUACGCGACUUGAGUCCAGUCCUGGCUUGUAUACUGCCGUUGAUCAGAAGAUUAAAGAGAAGGAAACUGCUAAUGUAGAAGUUGCUGCUGAAAGAAGAAGAGAUGACUCACUUGGAAAGAAGCAGGACACUGUAACUGAGAAUGAUAAACAUGUCAAAGAGAACACACCAGAGAGUUCCCAAGAGUCCAUUCUAAUCAACCGGAAGGACGUUAAUGCAAAUGACAAAGCGGUGGAGAUGAAUCAGGUCGCUCUCAUAGCGGGCAGUGAAUCUUCCAUGGAAGAUGGAUUUUUUCACAAGCUAAAAAGACUAUGGUCUGGUUCACCUGAGAUGGAAGCAGAGCGUCUACCAAAAAAUGAAAAUGCUUCUGGAAGUGGAGACAAGGGCGAAGGGGUUGUUCAUGAUGGCAAGGCUAAGGAUAAGGACUUAAAAUCAUCGAGUCAGGGAACUGAUCCCAUGUCUCAAAUCCCAGCUUCCUCUGGUAAGGAAUCUGCAGAAGAGGUAAUAGCAGGAACGGAUGAAGUAGAGAAUAAUGAUAAAAAUGCAAGUCCGGGACUUUUUAGCCAACUUGUGAAGAGUUUCAAGUUCUGGGGAAGAAACACAGGGCUUAGCAAUGACUCGAGUGGGAAUCAGAAGCUGGUCGAUGUUGAUUCUCAAGUACAUGCCGUUUUUGCAGAAGAGUCUUCCUGGAGCGAUCUUGAAUCUUUCAUUAAUUCUCCAAGAGGCUUCGUUAUUGUUUCUCACUCAAGGACAAGGGAAAUGAUGGCUAAGAAUCUGCAGAGGGAAGGGCCUUCUUGUCUCAGACAACUCGAUGAAUCAAGCAUGCUUCAUUUAGUUACCUUAUUAAUAUCACAAAAGAAAUGGAUUGAAGAAGACCCCUCCUCUUCCCCACCAUUCAGCAUCAUCAAAGACUCUAGCCCUAGCCAUCGUCAUACUUCAAACGGUUUGAGCUCAAUAUUCUCGGAUUGCGCAAAAUCACAGUCGCAGAAACAAGACGGUGAGAAAAGGUGGAAGAACGUUGCUCAUGCUGGAGUUUCUGUUAGUUACAAAAGCAAUGCAGUUGCUGACUGUCAGAAGCUGGUAAAGAAGAUAACAGAGAAAAACCCUGAAGGUUAUAGCCUGAUUCGUUUCAGGAAAGACUUCUUAGAGGAAUACGGGUACCAUUUAGCCGUUGAAAAGCUCGGUUACGAAAACCUACAGUCUCUGAUUCAAGCAAUGCCUGGAGUGAGAAUAGCAUCUGGAUACAUUCUUCCUUCAACUUCUUCACCAGGUGCUAAGUCUGCAAAAGAAGAUGAGUCGGACUUGUUAUUCGAAGAACUCGGUCCAGUUUCUGACGCAACAAGUAACCACCCGACGACGACCACGGAAAAGCUUCCAGUGUAUGAACCAUCUCUCUCAGAGGAUGAAGAUUCUGGCUCAGAGAGAGACAACCCGAAGAAGAAGAAGAAGCAAGUGAUGAAUGGAAAGGAUAAUGAGAGUUCGUUGUUGCAAAUUUUGGAUUCUUAUUACACAAGCAAAGAUGGGGAAGUUAAGAAGGAUAAACCAGAGGAGAGAAAGCUUGUGAUUAGGAAGCCAAAGCCUUCAAAGGCGUAUUCCUUUGUUAAAGAUUAAGAAUUCCAGUGAGUCCGAGUGUUUUUUGCGGGAGAUCGAGUGUUUAACUAAAUUGUGGAAGUCGGUUUCAGGUUUGGUCUAUGGUAAACCGAAUCCGGUUAAUGAGAAAUCAGGUCAAAUUGGUGCAAGGUGUAGUUUAGUAUAUUCAUGAAGAUAUUCCCUUAUCUAAUUAAUCUAAUAGCAGUUGCUUGCAUUAAUUGGUAGUUUUGUGUUAUGUGAUUUCUUAAUUAAAUAUCACGUGGUUUCCAAGAGUGAUGAUUAAUUAAACAUUUAUUUCGAUUGUAUAUAAACUAUAC